AUGAAGUAUCCUCUGGUUCCUUUGGUGAAUGAUCUGACCUUUCCUCUUCUUUUCUUCUGGUUUUGUUUGCCAUUUGUAAUGCUGUUGAUCAUAAUGAUUAUCUGGCUACAGCUUCUACUUAAUGAAGCACAGAUGCCCAGUGCAGAAGAAAUAAAGAAACAAUCUUCUGAUGAGCCUGAUUCUGACUCUAAAUUUGAGGAUGAACCAACAGAGGAAGAAAACCAGAAUAACACAUCCAGUACAGAAAUGCAAGAGGAGGUGCAAUCCAGUGGAUCUGUGGGAAAACUGAGGCCCAAGCCUGCUUAUCUGAGUUCAAAUCCAAAAAGCCAAAAGCAAAGUCUUUCUGCUGUAAUCUCAGACAGCUGGUCUCAGAGCCAGGAGAUAAGAUAUUCCCACAUUGAGAAGAGCAAUUUCUGUAAGAUCAUGAUGCUGUUGUGCACCAUGCUUUCUUCUCUCAUCUGGAACUUUGUCUGCCAGUUGCUCCAGAUCUCUAAUGUCCUGAGGAUUCAACUGCUGCCAUCCUCUCUGACUAUCUGCAUGGCUCAGCUGUUCGUUUUGCUGGGUGAAAAAGUUGUGAAAAUCCUGGGCUCCCUGAGGCUGGAGAGCAGAGGGCUGUUGGCUUCAGUCUUGGGGAGGAAACUGGAACAGAGUGAUGAAGCUCAGAGAACCACCUCAGGGUGGAAAUAAAGCAGGUAGUCCCACAACCAUUAGCAGCAAUCCUCCUCAGCAUCAGUGAGAGCUACUGCAGCAUGGCAGAGGGAGGUUGAUUCUCUGAAAAGGAAGCUUACUCAAGACUAAGUCGACACGCACUCGGGUCACAACAGCUAUUUUCAGAGUGAACAGUAUUGACUGGCUAAAUAUUAAAUGGAUGACAGCAGCCAGCCUCUUGUCCAGUGCUUGGGUGCGUACCCUGCUCCCCUCCCACUUUACAGAGGGAUGAGUUCCUUUUUUAUAUGGACCAAACACAGUGAUACUCUCUGUUCACUACUACUAAUUGUUGAUUUCAAACAAAUAAGAUCAAGGCAACAGCUCUCAGUAGCGGUUCUUACUGGAGCUUAAAUGCAGUACAGCCUAGUGAUUGUUUUACUCAUACUGCAGUUAGCACUCUUCUGAUCUCCAACUUGUCAGUUCUCAAAGUACGAAACAAUUUUUCAACACUCAGGUCUAACAAAUGAAAUGAGCCUACCUCCAAUAUACAAGAAAUAAUUAAGCAUUUAGCAGGUACUGAGCAUGAAUUUCCUUCAUUUCUGCCCAGGAUAUGCUUUUUCAGCACAGCUGACAGGCUAAUACAAGGUUAGAUUACAGCCCGAAGAGGCACUCGCCAACAACUUGAUUUAACCAGUUGGUGGGACUGGGAUGAGCCAUAAUUUUGUGGCUUAAGGGUUUAUCCAGUCGUCGGGCUAUGAACAGAACAGCUGUUUGCUCCUGGUGUUGAUGCACACGUUCAACAAACUCAUUUUUAAAGAGGACCUGAAUUAGGAAGUCGCAUCCCAAAAAGCACAUUGCCGCUUGUGAAAAAUGUUUGUCUCUGCUCCUGAAGUAACCAUGUCUCUCUGGAGUCUUGCAUGGGCAGACUGUGUAACAGUUACACUAGCCUGCACUAAUUAUGAAGUAUGCCUUGUUCAUGUUUACUUGUCUUUCCCUCCCCAUCCCCUGAACUCCGCAUGUCCAAAUAUUUGUCCAGAGCAACAUGCUCUUAAAUAAAACUUGUUUGUCCAUGUCUUUA